AUGGGGCGGCAGAGCCGUCGGCUGGACUCAGCUGUGUUGUUCCAUCCAACAGUAGCCCCUCUUGGCAAGUCCCAUGGGAGCCCCGAGGACCCCUUUGUACCUGGAGAUGGAAACUCAAAUGCUGCGCAAAAAUCCCGGAAAUCAUUCAUGCGCGACAAUGGAAGCUUCAGCGACGCGGCAGACCACUACGCUCAAGUUGAUUGGACGCCUUGGGACUGCUGCCGAUGUGCUGCAGAGACACGCGAUGCGAUGUUAGAAAGGGUUGCAGAUGCAUUUGGGAGAUAUGCACUGAUCGUUUACCACCACCCUAUCAAGGUCGUCUCCGUGUCUCGUUUGCUAUCUCAGUCUCCUGGUGAACUUGCUCGUUUGUCCGUUUGUCUCGUGGUUUCUGGCUUUUUUGCUUGUUCGCCUCUGCAGUUGCAGUCCAAGUUAUUUGGUUUCCUCGAUGCAGAUGAAUACCGCAUGCUAUUUCAGGGCAACGUGACCCGCAGUGAGGUGAUCCUGAUAGCUGCUAACGACGGAAUGAGCAACUUGCUGGAGGCCUCAUUCUUAAAUGCAGUUUGGGACAUGCAUAUGAAGAUAUUGGACAUCAAAGUGACAGCGGAAGAGGCAGGAGACGCCCUCGCCGAUGCAGCGGUUGCCGUAGCGGAGACUGGCGAUACACUGGAGCUUCCCAGCCGCCGGCUGCAGUCUGCUGAAUCCUUUAAUAGCGAAAAGCAAAGUCAAAGUAACCAACAAACUACUGACAUACCGACAGCGAAUCCAAAACAACAGCAGACGCUGGUUCCCAGGAAGCUCGCUUGGGCUGAUCCAGCUGCACUGGUGCAGCAGCACUUUGUGGAGCAGCAACUCAGGCAGCAGCUGCAGCCGCAGUAUCAGCCGCUGCCCCAAUGGACACCUACAGGUGGUGGGACACGCAGGCGUCGUGAAGGGCUGGCUGCUGCAGCUUCCGCUCAGCAGCAGCAGCCACAGCAAGUAUUUUCCGCCUCGCAGUUGCAGCAACCAGACGCUGUAUGCGACCCUGAACGGGAGCUGCCGAGAGUGCGGAUAACGGGUUUAGCGUGUAGACCCCCUUUAGCAGCGGGAGAGUAUGCAUUUCAGAAUUUGUGUUCCAAAGACUCCACUGGAGCCUGUGAGGCACCCGACGGUAUCAUCUUCGCCUACGGACACAAACGGGCAAUGAUUUACGUAGUUGUGCAACAGACCUACUGUUUAAAUGAUAGUGGGUCUGAACGGUCAUUUAAUACUGCCGAUGCUUUUUCCAGCGUGUUCAACAGGGCUGCUGUGUCUAGGUAUCAAAUAACGGAUGAUGCGAAGCUGCGGCCAUUUGCCUUGCGGUGGGAAAGGAAGCUACAGCAACUGCUGCGGGAGGAGAGGCUUCCUGGAGCCAAGAUGGGGCUUAAAACGGAGAGGAGCCUCUCUGACGAAUUGGCUGCGAGUUCUUCCGCGGGCCCUGGUGGAGAAGUUGUGUUGAUAGCUGCGGCGGGUUCACUGAUUGGGGUGUAUGUGUGGGUUGUAAACUUUUCCCGUUCCCAUUUGCGUUCGAAGGCCAUCGUAGCGUUGACAGGUGCAGGAGCCGCACUUUUGGGGUACCUUGGAGGGGCAGGUGUGUGCUUUAUGUCAGGUGUUGUUAGCACAGGAACAGCUGCUGCAGCUCCGUUGCUGGUUGUUGGCAUAGGAGUCGAUGAUACCCUUGUGCUACUGCAGUCGUACAGCCUUACUGUGCACAAGCGCUCCGCAGCAGACCGCCUGCAGCUGACACUGCGCGACAGCGGUGUGGGUAUCACUAUCACGACCUUGACGAACCUUAUGACCUUUGGCAUCGGCGCCUUUAGUCCCUACCUCGCAAUCAAGAGCUUCUGUCUCCUGUGUCUCUCCGGCCUCUUCCUGGGGUACAUUAUGUGCCUCACCUUCUUUCUUGGUUUCCUCGCCCUCGACGCCAAGGCAGAAGCAGCUAGGCAGGUCAUGGCCAUCUUCCGGUGCUGCCCCAUGAAGAUAAUGAGGGACUCCGCUCCCGUCAAAACUCAGACGCAGCAGCAGCUCCAGCAGCCGGACCAGCGGCAAAGAAGACAGAUGCGUACGCUCAAAGGCCUGCCCAUGCUCCAGUAUGUCGAUAAGACACGCUUGCCUGGGGCAGAUGCCUCAGCACUGUCCGCCUGCGCCAGCGACAUAUUCCAGUGCAUUACCAUGCAGGUGGAGGCAGCGCUCCAACAACAACAGCAGCAGCGUCUCCUCGAAGCGGAGACGCGCCGCAUGCGGAAGCAACAAAACUCCAAGAAGAAGAAACAGCCCAGAAAAAGCCCGGCGAAACGCAGGAAAAACGCAAAGACUCUCCUCACUAGCACCUCUUCAGGGAGAGAGGACAAAAAUCAGGACAACACAUCCAGUGACUCAGAUACCUGCAAGAAGAAGACACGACAACGGAAACAGCCAGCGAGAAAAGCGAAUGCCAGGAAGAGGAAACCUGUGGAAACCAGCAGCACCAACAAAAACAACAACUCCUCGAGAAGCAAAAGAAGCAGCAAGAGUGGAAGCUUCAGGAGCAGCCGCAGCAGCGCCAAGAAGCAGCAGCAACAACAACGGCAGCGCCGCGCGAAGGCCCUCAGGCCAGCUCUCAAAGGGCGCCGCCAGCAGCAGGAGCAGGAGCAGGAGCAGCAGGAGCAACCGAAAGAAGGUGAAGCUCCUGGCCCUGGAUUGGGAUCCCGGGGUGCCUUACAGGCAAACAGCAAACUACCAGCUGCAUCAGCAGCAGCAGUAACAGGUGUAACUGCCUCAGAUGCAAACGCGAACAAGUGUGAAUCAAAAGCAGGUGGUGUUUCCGUGAGACAGUUAAGGCCUCGAAGGACCACAGUACACUUCUACAGGAAGACCUCCACCGCCUGCUACACAGGAAGCCUCCCCCAGCAGCAGCACCAGCAGCACCAGCAGGAAAGCGAAUGGCGGGACCAGGUGGUGGUGAACUUGUGCGUGGGUUCUGGAUCGGCAGUAGUGGUAGCAGCAGCAGAAGCAGCAGAGGCGGCUUUUAAUACCACCGGUCGCAGCUGGUCAGGGGAACGGAUUGCUCGGCUGCAGCUGUUGCAGCGGCUUGGGAGCGAUGGCCUAGCUGAGCCUCAGGGAAACGUAGGGAGGGGCCUGAGGAAGGUGCUUGUUCGCUUCGGGGCUCGCCUGCUCAUGAACCCCUUCUUUAAGCUCAUGCUUCUCUUCAUUUUCACUGCUGUUUUCGUGACUGCGAUCGUCGGUUGCUUCAAAAUUGAAACUGGAUUAGACCCUAGGAGUCUCACGAAAGACGGCACGAUGCUGAAGAGUUUCUUUGACAUGCAAGAGAAAUUCUUUGGCACCUACGGUGACCCGGUGAUGGUCUUCUUCAGCCAUCCAGACAACGUCUGCUCAGCGGCGUUCCGAGUGGAGUAUCAGAAGCUUCAUGAACGACUGAAGCAGCAGAGCUAUACUAUGGAGCUUCACGACGGUCUUUCCAUGUUUCUUCAGUCGCCUCUAGCUCGCAAUGUACCCGAACAGAGCGCCACGACAUGCAUGCAAAUGCUGUAUGCCUGGCUUCAAACUCCCUUCGGCUCGAGCUUCACCGCCUUCUUCUCAUGGAGCAGCGGCUUCAGGCUGCGAGCCUGGGCAUUGGUAUUGGUGCCCAAGUACUUCUCCAGCACACAGGAAAACAGUGACUUCAUGCAUCAACUGAGGGCGGAUCUGGCGAAGUUUCCGCUUCUACGAGGAGCGGCCUACAACCGGAAUUUCGUUUACUUUGAAAGCGACGAUGCCAUAGUACCCCAAACUGUCAGCAGUUUAGCCAGUGCGGGGUGCGCAGUGAUUGUUGUUUCCCUGUUCCUGCUACCGUCUCUGCGCGGAGCUCUGAUUGUAGUUGCCAUACUGCUUGUAAUCGACGUUGUUAUCUUGGGGUUCAUGGCGCUUUGGGGUUUGCCCCUUAACUUGCUCACAAUGGUCAACCUCACCAUAUCAAUAGGGUUUUCUGUGGACUACGCGACGCACACAACUCACGCAUUUUGCCACUGCAUGGGCCAGAAGAGAGGGCUGCGGGCAUUUGAAGCUGUGUUGCUUGUUGGAGGUCCUUUGCUGCAUGGCGCUUUGUCUACUCAACUGGCGGUUAUUCCUCUGGCCUUCGUCGACAGUCCAGUGCUUUCCGUCUUUUUCAAAAUGACAACUUUAGUGAUAGUCGUGGGGGUUACGCACGGGUUAAUGCUGCUUCCCGUUCUGCUUUCCCUCAUUGGCCCCAUGCAGCAGUCACAGCAAAAAAUGGUACAGCAGCUUCUGGCGCUGCAGAAGCAAUAUGAUCGGCUGGAGGAGCAUAUAGUUGCAUGCGGAGGGAGCAGGGAAAAUCCAAAUCUCAGAAAGCAAAGGAAAGCCCUACGCCGUCUCAUUGAGCAGCAGGAACAGCCGCCGGAGACGGCUAAAGAUGCCUGUGUUGAAUUCGCAAUGGCGCUUUGCCCUAAUCACCCCAAAAAUGUAUUCUUGAAAAACGAACAGGUCCGCAGGUGGGUGCAGCACGCCAACUAG